AUGAAGGAGCACCAUUGUUUACACGCUGCUCUCCUGUGCCUGGGGGUGCUGUGCUACAACCAGGCCCUGGCCACCGAGAGGCUCAGCCAUGCCAGGCCCUCGCUGCACGGGCACCUCGAGAAGGGCAAGGAGGGACAAGUCCUGCACCGCUCCAAGAGAGGCUGGGUGUGGAACCAGUUCUUUGUUAUAGAGGAGUACACGGGGCCAGAUCCUGUGCUGGUAGGAAGGCUUCAUUCAGAUAUUGAUUCUGGAGAUGGAAACAUUAAAUACAUUCUCUCAGGUGAAGGAGCAGGAAUCAUUUUUGUUAUUGAUGACAAAUCAGGGAACAUCCAUGCAACCAAGACACUGGAUCGGGAGGAGCGAGCUCAGUACACCCUGACCGCUCAGGCUGUGGACAGGAACACGAACAGACCUUUGGAACCCCCUUCUGAAUUCAUUGUCAAAGUUCAAGACAUAAAUGACAACCCACCCGAGUUUCUCCAUGAAAACUACCAUGCCAAUGUGCCGGAGAGAUCAAAUGUAGGUACAUCAGUUAUUCAGGUAACAGCUUCAGAUGCUGAUGAUCCUACCUAUGGGAACAGUGCCAAACUGGUUUACAGUAUCCUUGAAGGUCAGCCCUACUUCUCGGUGGAGGCUCAAACAGGAAUCAUCAGAACUGCCCUUCCCAACAUGGACAGAGAAGCCAAGGAGGAGUACCACGUGGUGAUACAGGCCAAGGACAUGGGAGGACACAUGGGAGGCCUCUCAGGGACAACCAAAGUGACAAUUACACUUACAGAUGUCAAUGACAACCCACCAAAGUUCCCACAGAGUGUGUACCAGAUGUCAGUGUCGGAAGCGGCUGUCCCAGGAGAGGAAGUGGGGAGAGUGAAGGCCAAAGAUCCUGACAUUGGGGAGAAUGGCUUGGUGGCUUACAGUAUCAUUGAUGGAGAUGGAAUGGACAUGUUUGAAAUCACCACGGAUUAUGAGACGCAGGAAGGGGUUGUGAAGCUUAAGAAGACCUUAGAUUAUGAAACCAAAAAGUCCUACAGCCUGAAGGUGGAGGCAGCCAAUGUGCACAUUGACCCUAAGUUCAUCAGCAAUGGGCCCUUCAAGGACACGGUGACAGUGAAAAUAGCAGUGGAAGAUGCUGAUGAGCCACCGGUGUUUUUGAAGCCAAGUUACAUUUUUGAAGUACAGGAAAAUGCAGCAACUGGUACUGUGGUUGGAAAAGUACAUGCCAAAGAUCCUGAUGCUGCCAACAGUGCCAUAAGAUAUUCAAUUGAUCGACACACCGACCUUGAAAGAUAUUUUGUUAUUAAUGCAGAAGAUGGCAAUAUCAAGACAAUAAAGACUUUGGAUAGGGAAGAAAUGGCUUGGCACAAUAUAUCUGUCUUUGCAGUUGAAGUCCACAAACAGCACCAGGAAGCCAGAGUUCCCGUUGCAAUCAAGGUUGUUGAUGUCAAUGACAAUGCUCCCAAGUUUGCGGCAGCCUACGAAGCCUUUGUGUGUGAGAAUGCCCGAAGCAACCAGCAAUUUAUUACAAUUAGUGCCGAUGACAAGGAUGACUCAGCCAAUGGACCAAGAUUUAUCUUCAGUUUACCACCUGAAAUUAUUCAUAAUCCAAAUUUUACACUCAGAGACAACAGAGAUAACACAGCGAGCGUGCUGGUCAGGAGGGAAGGGUUCAGUCGCCAGAAGCAGGAUCUGUACCUCCUUCCCAUUGUGAUCAGCGACGGCGGCAUGCCCCCGCUGAGCAGCACCAACACGCUGAGCAUCCGCGUGUGCGGCUGUGACAGCAGUGGCUCCCUGCUCUCCUGCAAUGCCGAAGCCUACGUGCUCAACGCGGGGCUCAGCACCGGUGCGCUUAUCGCCAUCCUGGCCUGCAUCGUCAUUCUCUUAGUCAUUGUGGUGCUGUUUGUCACCCUGAAGAGGCAGAAGAAAGAGCCCCUGAUCGUGUUUGAGGAGGAAGAUGUGCGGGAGAACAUCAUCACGUACGAUGACGAGGGCGGGGGCGAGGAGGACACGGAGGCAUUUGACAUUGCCACGUUGCAGAACCCCGAUGGCAUCAAUGGCUUCAUGCCCCGCAAGGACAUCAAGCCCGAGUACCAGUACCUGCCCAGGCCGGGGCUAAGGCCUGCACCCAACAGCGUGGACGUGGAUGAUUUCAUCAACACCAGGAUACAGGAGGCUGACAACGACCCCACGGCCCCUCCCUAUGACUCCAUUCAGAUCUAUGGCUACGAGGGCAGGGGCUCUGUGGCUGGGUCCCUCAGCUCCUUGGAAUCAGCAACAACAGAUUCUGACUUGGACUAUGACUAUCUACAAAACUGGGGACCUCGAUUUAAGAAACUUGCAGACUUGUAUGGCUCCAAAGACACUUUCGAUGACGAUUCUUAA